AUGGACAAAAGAGUUACGUAUUGUACUGACUUAGAAAAAUCAGUAAUAAUGAGCAACUUCGAACGCCGCGGCUGGGUACAGGUCGGACCAGAAGACGAAUGGAAUUUCUACUGGUCUUUCACGCAGAACUGUCGAAAUAUUUUCAGUAUUGAGAAUGGAUAUCGAAUGAACGACAAUCAAAUAAUAAAUCACUUUCCAAAUCACUAUGAGCUAUCUCGCAAAGAUUUAUUAGUGAAAAAUAUUAAAAGAUAUCGCAAAGAACUUGAAAAAGAGGGCAAUCCACUGGCGGAGAAAACGGAAAUUGUCCUACCGAGUGGACAGGUCGCAACUCGCUAUGUACAUUUGGACCUAAUUCCUGUAACGUAUGUCUUGCCUGCCGAUUACAACAUGUUCGUUGAGGAGUAUAGAAAGUCGCCUCAGAGCACGUGGAUAAUGAAACCUUGUGGGAAGUCGCAGGGCACGGGAAUUUUCCUAAUAAACAAACUCUCUAAACUGAAAAAGUGGUCCCGGGAGGCGAAAAUUCCCUUCCACCCUCAACUAAGCAGCAAAGAAAGUUACGUAAUAUCGCGAUAUAUUGACAACCCCCUUUUGAUCGGAGGGAAAAAGUUUGAUUUGAGGCUGUAUGUUUUGGUAACUUCGUUCAGGCCCCUGAAAGCGUAUCUGUUUAAACACGGCUUUUGUAGAUUUUGCACGGUUAAGUACGACACGAGCGUCACAGAGUUGGACAAUAUGUACGUGCAUUUGACGAAUGUUAGUGUCCAAAGGCACGGCGUGGAAUAUAAUAGUUUACACGGUGGUAAAAUGAGCGUGCAAAAUUUUCGCUUAUAUUUGGAGGGGACACGUGGUCGGUCGGUGACUGAAAAGUUAUUUUCGGACAUGGAUUGGUUAAUAGUCCACUCCUUAAAAGCGGUCGCACCAGUAAUGGCGAACGACCGCCACUGUUUUGAAUGUUAUGGAUACGAUAUUAUCAUCGAUAAUACGCUUAAGCCGUGGCUUGUCGAAGUAAAUGCCUCGCCAUCGCUGCAGUCGACGACGCAUAACGACAGAAUAUUGAAAUAUAAAUUGAUCGAUAACAUAAUUUCUGUUGUGGUGCCGCCGGACGGCAUUCCGGAUGCGAGAUGGAAUAAAAUACCUAGCACGGAAGCUUUGGGAGACUUUGAAGUAUUAAUAGACGAAGAACUAAUAGAAAAAGAAGAUACAAAUUCACGAUGUAACAGAAAUAUACGAUCUAGA